UUUCAGAGCCUGGCGGAGGAGACUGGAGGACGUGUGCUGGAAGUAUUUGAUCAGAGGUUUAACGUAAGUCAGCAGUCACUGAGUGUCCAGCACACUGUUGUACAACACCUGCGUACCAUCCAGGACAACAUCCUCCGCUACACCUCCUACAUCCCUAAACUCCAAGUGACACAACAACAGCUGCUCUCCAACCCAGCCACCAUCGAGUUUCUUCUUGCUAACGACACAGAAGCAUCAAGUCUCUUCCUGUACUCCCACUGUCAAAGUUCAUACAUUGAAAUCAACAACAAACCUGUGCCUGGUGCAAUAAAUAUCACCACUACAUCAUCCAUGAUGCUACUCUCAAACCUACAGAGGGGCAGGAACCUAUUGAAGUUGUUUUGCGGUGGGUUCAGAAACAGCUGGCAGAGGUGUUUGUGCAGCCAUGGAAGAGAAACCAUCUGCAGUUGGAGUUCUGGGCCUCACACGACUCAGAUUCCUCGACCUACCAAACCUCAAGAUCAUGUGUCCUAUUCGUCAAGCAAUGGAGUAUCGUGUUGUUUUGAGAGUGAUGAUGGUGAUAAGUGGAUGCUGUGGAAUACUGCCAUCUCAUGUUGUGGUGGUGGGUGGCAGUGUGCCCCAAGUGUGGUGUCGCCACUUUUAUGUGACCAGCUUGUGAACUUACCGCGUGAGGGAGAAGAGGACACCCGCCAUGCUGGAAGGCAAGAUUCCAACGUGGACCUCUGUACAGUCCUACUGCAGAUACUUCACAUCUUCUCGUCCUACGGACACUUCCCAAAGAUGAUUGUCCUUUCUCACGCUGAAACAGCUGGCAGAGGUGUUUGUGCAGCCAUGGAAGAGAAACCAUCUGCAGUUGGAGUUCUGGGCCUCACACGACUCAGAUUCCUCGACCUACCAAACCUCAAGAUCAUGUGUCCUAUUCGUCAAGGUAACACAGGACAGCAGGCUGAUAGUGGGUGCCCAGGUGGUGGUCGUGUUCCUGGUGGGGAAACGACAAGUAUGAACUUCCAAUCUAGCCGAAGGGAGGAGGAACGUCAAGGUCCUGACGUGACAGGAGGGGAUGGAGUAUACUCCAGGUACUUGGUUUACGUCCCCAGUGGUAGAAGUGCCUACACCCUUCAGGUCAACGUCUCCUCUACAUCCUCCUCCAAGAUCGUGGGUACCACCAGCAACACUAAACCAGGUCACUACUCUCCCUAUUUUCAUAGCAUUGACGGGGAAGUCCAUCUUGGAGUAUGCAGCACCAGUGUAGAACCCGUAUCUGGUAAAGACUUUCAAGAAGUUGAAAAAGGUGCAAAGGUUUGCAGCAAGUCUGCUCAGCAACACAGCCGGGUGCAUGCACUCGCAUCUCCGGCAAUGGAGUAUCGUGUGUUUUGGAGUGAUGAUGGUGAUAAGUGGAUGCUGGUGGAUACUGCCAUCUAUGUUGUGGUGGAGGGUGGCAGUGUGGCCCAAGUGAUGGUGUCGCCACUUUUAUGUGACCAGCUAGUGCACUACCGCGUGAGGGCGAGAGACACCCGCAUGCAGGAAGGCCAAGAUUCCAACGUGGCCUCUGUUCAGUCCUCCUGCAGCUCCCUCACAACUUUCGUCCCAACGGACUCUCCCACAGAUGAUUGUCCUUCUCACGCUGGUGCUAUAUGUGGAGCAUUCUUCGGGGGACUAGUAACUGGUGUUCUCAUUGCAGCCUUGGCUUACUUCCUCUACUUUAGGUUCUGUAAGACAUCAGACAAGGCUUUGCCAACCAGUAGCCACUUGAAGCAGAGCAAUGUACAAAAUAGUACUACCAACCGGCUAAAUACCUCCUACACAAACCCUGCUUUCUCGAAUGACUCCGGGAACUCACAUCGAAGCACACCUGAUCAGAAUCGAGCGUUGUCAUCCCUCCUCCUCCCCGAGAAUCCAUUCAGACUAGCUCUAGAGACAGAGGCUCGAGGAACCUUGCGAAGCCUGAAGCACAGGUCACCCAAACCAGAUCACCUUCAGGAACCACUCAGACAAAACCACUUUCCAUACAGAUCAAUCAGACCAGUAAUCCUAUAGUACAGGCCAAUCAGACUAGGCCUCUUUCAGCACAGAUUCCUCAACAUAGGCCUCCUGUAGAGAUCACUCAGCCUAGGCCUCUUGCAGCACAGAUCCCUCAACAUGGGCCUCCUGUAGAGAUCACUCAGCCUAGGCCUCCUUCAUCACAGAUCCUUCAACAUAGUCCUCCUGUAGAGAUCACUCAGCCUAGGCCUCCUUCAGCACAGAUCCCUCAACAUAGGCCUCCUGCAGAGAUCACUCGGGCCUAGGCCUCUUUCAG